AUGACAUGCACCGGCGGUCAAUGGGCAAAAAUGAACCAUCUCGGGAGCGAGGCGUACGUUCAGAUUGUCAUUGCUGGUGCUGGUGGUGCAGCCCAUUUGCCAGGUAUGGUAGCUGCAUCGACUCCAUUACUAGUUAUUGGUGUGCCCGUGCGUGCCGCUGCAUUAGGUAUCAGACUUGACUCCCUCUUAUCGAUUGUGCAGAUGCCAAGGGGUGUUCCUGUUGCUACAGUGGCUAUAAACAAUGCCACAAAUGCUAGUUUGCUGGCAGUAAGAAUGUUGGGGGUUGGUGAUCCUGACCUACAGGUGAGGUUGGCACAGGAAGACACAAAGGAUGAUGUCUUAGUAAAAGCCGAGAAGCUAGAGAAAGAUGGCUGGGAGUCCUAUUUGAAUCCUUAG